ACAAAGGGCGUGGCCGGCGUGGGGAAAACAGUGUCCACACAGAAGUUCAGUCUGGACUGGGCUGAGGACAAAGCCAACCAGGACAUCCACUUCAUAUUUCCACUCACCUUCAGACAGCUGAAUGUGCUGAAACAGAAGAAGUUCAGUUUGGUGGAACUGCUUCAUCACUUCUUCACUGAAACCAAAGAAGCAGGAAUCAGGAUCUUUGCAGACCACCAGGUGGUGUUCAUCUUGGACGGUCUGGAUGAGUGUCGACCUCCUCUGGACUUCAACAACACUCAGAUCCUGACUGAUGUGACGGAGUCCACCUCAGUGGAUGUGCUGCUGAUGAACCUCAUCAGGGGGAACCUGCUUCCCUCUGCCCGCCUCUGGAUAACCACACGACCUGCAGCAGCCAAUCAGAUCCCAGAAGAGUAUCAUGGCAUGGUGACAGAGGUCAGAGGGUUCACUGACCCACAGAAGGACGAGUACUUCAGGAAGAGGUUCACAGAUAAAAGACAGACCAACACAAUCAUCUCCCACAUCAAGAGGUCACGAAGCGUCCACAUCAUGUGUCACAUCCCAGUCUUCUGCUUGAUCACUGCUAGAGUUCUGGAGGAUGUAUUGAAGACCACAGACAGAGGAAAACUGCCCAAGACCCUGACUGAGAUGUACAUCCACUUCCUGGUGAUUCAGGCCAAAGUGAAGAACGUCAAGUAUGAUGGAAAAUCUGGGAGAGAUUUACCCUGGAGUCCAGAGACCAGGAAGAUGAUUGAGUCUCUGGGAAAACUGGCCUUUGAGCAGCUGAAGAAAGGAAACCUGAUCUUCAGUGAAUCAGACCUGACAGAGUGUGGCAUCGAUAUCAGCUCAGCGUCAGUGUACUCAGGAGUGUUCACAGAGGUCUUCAAAGAGGAGAGCGGAGGGUACGAGAACAAGGUGUUCUGCUUCAUCCAUCUGAGUGUCCAGGAGUUUCUGGCUGCUCUUCAUGUCCAUCAGACCUUCAUCAACACUGGAGUCAAUCUGCUGUCAGAACAAACAUCUGUUUGGUCUAAACUAUCAAAGGUCAAACCAGUCCAGUUGUACCAGACCGCUGUGGACCAGGCCUUACAGAGUCCAAAUGGACAUCUGGACCUGUUCCUGCGCUUCCUCCUGGGUCUAUCACUGCAGACCAAUCAGAGUCUUCUACACGGUCUGGUGAAAGAAACAGGAAGCAGCUCAAAGACCAACCAGAAAACUGUAGAGUACAUCAAGAAGAAGAUCAGUAAGAAUGUGUCUGCAGAGAGAAGCAUCAACCUGUUCCACUGUCUGAAUGAACUGGAGGAUAGAUCUCUGGUGGAUCAGAUCCAACAGUACCUGAGAUCAGGA